AGGUAUCGCUGCUAGACUGGAAAACAGACUAGAGACAAGGACAAGUUCUUCGACGACCGCGUAAGACGCGACACAAGCGGUGCUGACGGCUGCGGAGUUUGGGAAAAGCGCCUUUGUUUAGGCGGAGAACCUUCAUCCAAAGCGUCUGUUCGCGCGGCUUGCGCGUGGUGAGCACGAGCUUACCCUUGAGAUCCUUGAGAGAGCAAGAGGAGCUGCGACGAUGUCCAUCUCCCCGACCGGCCGCUCGAACCCCGAGCGGCACCACCCGACCGACGAGCAGCGCCUCGCGUCCUUACAAAGCGAGUUCGGCGUCAGCCCGCCGGGUUCAUUGAGAGGCGACGGCUCGGAUGAUGAUAUUAUGCAACCGCUGCCCCAAAGGCCCAGCACGACGUUACUCCAAGUGCAGGACGCUCUAAGAGAUGCGCUCCCGGAGUCGCCGGACAUGAUCCGGGCAAGGCACGACGCCCUCGCGGCGAAGAUUAGGUUAGAUCAGCUUUCCGAGCGACGCCCGAGAUGCGUGUCGCACAGCUCAGCGAUGGACGACUCGAGCCAUUCCUGCGCGCAAGUGUCCAUGGACGAGAGUAGGACGCGCUUCGACAAGGUGCAAGAGGAGGAACCUGAUUCGUGGGAGGGCGCCGCGCGCAUCUAUGAAUACGGCUCGGCGGCCAAUCCGGAGCUCCCGAAGGUUCCUGUGGUUGUGCACCCGGCGUCGCUGCACGAGUCCGGUGCUACACGAGUUAUUCCCUUUGAUUUGUCGGAGUUACUGGGUGGCCAGGGCCCUUGUACCUCGCCGAACCUCAUGGCGUCCUACAUCCGUAUCAUAACAGGAGAGUCCAUCACGACCCAAGCCAAGGCCACGUCCCAGGCGUAUUAUGUGAUUCGAGGGUCCGGAAGCACCUCUUCAGAACACGGCGUCGUCAAGUGGGCCACGGGCGACCUCUUUGUAGUGCCAAAAACGGAGGGCCAGCUCCACCACACGUGUUCGGCCGCCGAAGCACACAACGGCGCUGCGUUGUACUGGAUCCACGACCAGCCUUUAUUGGAUUACCUCGGGGUCAAGCCGGACGAAGUGAAGUUCCCUCCCGCAUUGUUCACCCGUAGUAAAUUGCUGGAGACGGUCGAGGAGAUCCGCCAUGGACCGGGCAUGGAGCACGCGAAUCGGUUAGGUGUUUUAUUAGGCAACGCGUCCACCGAAAAGACCACCAAGACCUUGACACAUGUGAUGUGGUCUCUCUUGAAUAGCAUAGGCCCGCACACGGUCCAGAAGCCUCAUAGACACAAUUCGGUAGCUUUAGAUAUGGCCGUCGCGGCGCCCUGGCCGCACGGGAAAGUUUAUACGUUGAUGGGUAGGGAAUUAGAUGCCAAUGGUAAUGUCGUCGAUCCCAUUCGAGUGGACUGGGCCGACGGCUCGGUCUUCGUCACGCCGCCGGGCUGGUGGCACUCGCACCAUAAUGAGUCAGAUGCGACGGCCUGGGUUUUACCUAUACAGGAUGCAGGCUUGUACACCCAUCAACGCACGUUAGACAUCCGUUUCGCGGACGAUGAAAUCGCAUUGCACCGCGAGGGGCGCAUCCGCGGCACGGCGUUCAACAUCACGAACAAGCAGUACCUCGAGGUCGUGUCGACGCACCAGGCGCAGCUCGAUGCGGCGGACAACGACGUGCCGAACUUCAACUACGGCCUUUGAGCGCUGCGUCCUGCACAUACCAUCGCCGAUCCACCGACCCCGCGACGGCCUUCUUUUGGCUUCCCCGCGACGACCCCCCGCCUCCGCCCAGUUUUGUACAUGUCCUCGUGUAAAUAGUUCUACUAGUA